CCACCCAGCUUCUGGCGGAUGUCGCUUGCACCGAACUGUGCCUUCUAUGCCGCACCAUGUUACUCAUCGAUCAAGAUCGCGAUUUGCCUCUGCCGCCUAGCUAGUCUUCGUACUUUCAGUGCAACGACCGUCUCGACUGCGAAGCUGCGAGUCUUUGGUGCGAUUCGCAACACAGGAUUGACGCUCGACGAGGAGCUGGACGAUGAUAUGCACAGUAAGACCAUUCAUGACAUCGACGAGUAUCAGGCUAUUCUCGCAAAGCUUCAGACGUCGACCACCGCGCUCGAUCUUGCGCAGGCGCCUGAAGGGCAACACCAUUCGUACAGCGGUGCACCUCGCUCUCCUCAACCGCGCUACAAGCCUUCAAGCGAGUGGCCGCAGUCCCGUGGCAGCCUGCGUCCUGACGCUAUCGGACGGCGCAAGAAGACGAUUCUAGCCCUGGCAGAUUAG